CUAAGAGGGGAGGGGAGAGAGACAUAGCCGGGGAGCAGAGAGGGAGCGCGGCUCGUAUGUGUCGGUGUAUUCGGUACAGGCUUUUAAAAGCAGGAUGAAAGGAGAUUUAAAGUAAAACACUUCAGAUUUACUUUCCCUUUGUCUGCCUGUUUUGACCACUUUUGAUGCCAAACGUGUGGAAGCUUAAUUUCAGUUGCGAGGAGACAGAAGGAGCUUUCCAAAAAUCCAUCACAAGUCUCGCACUGACUUCUAUUCCGAAAGGUAGAAACACACAGUUUUUGUGUUUUUGCCCAAGUGUUGGAAAUCUGCUUUGGACAUCGUUUUGUUGUGGGCUUUUACGCACAAAGGCUGAAACCCGGCGCGUCUGGACGAGAUAAAGCACCGCAACUGGGCCACUUUCUACGGAGAGAUAAGAAGAAGUCCACAACGUGACAAGCUGUCGACGAAUGAACAGAAACACAUCUGUUUAUUGAUUUUCAAGACGAAAUCGGGAGGUUUAUAGUAAAGAUCGGGGAAGUUGAGUAUCUGUGGGCGCACUGUGGCGCACAAAUGGUGUUCCUGUGGGACGCAAAAUACGACCCAGCCCCCGGCCGGCGUUACACCCCCCCCUCCACCACCCUCGGCUCGGGGGGGAAGAUGGCCGAGGCCCUGCCCCUGGUGGUUGCCCUGGGCGACAUUCCUGAUGGGACCCUGGUGACAGUGAUGGCGGGAAACGAUGAGAACUACUCAGCUGAGCUUCGAAAUGCCACGGCCGCCAUCAAGAACCAAGUGGCCAGAUUCAACGACCUGCGCUUUGUUGGCCGCAGUGGAAGAGGAAAGAGUUUCACUCUGACCAUCACAGUGUUCACCAACCCUCCUCAGGUGGCCACGUACCAGAGAGCCAUUAAAAUCACAGUGGACGGUCCUAGGGAGCCACGGCACCACCACCACCACCACCAUCAAACCUCCGCCAACGCCCGCCAGUCUGCAGCACUCAACUCUGCCACCUUCUCCAGCCCCACACAAACUCAGAUAACUGCUGAUUCCAGACAGAUGCAGUCGUCUCCAUCUUGGUCCUACGACCAAUCAUAUCCCUACCUUGGCCAAAUAACGCCCACCGUCCAUACAGCCAAUCCCCUUUCGCCUGGUCGAUCCACGCUCAGUGACCUGUCCUCACGACUCACAGGUCCUGACCUCACAGCCUUCAGUGACCCCAGGAUGACCUUAGAACGACCUUUCACCUCCCUCCCCUCCUUGCCUGACUCUCGCUUUACCGACCCCAGGGUCCACUACCCUACCACAGCGGCCGCCUUCACCUACGCCCCCUCUCACAACCCCGUCUCCAAUGGCGCCCUUGGCAUCACCAUGGCGACGGCCAUGGCAACUACGCCGGCGGGGAGGUACCACACCUAUCUGCCCCCCCCCUACCCGGCGAACACCCCCCACCAGCCUCAGAACGGGCCCUUCCAGUCCACCUCCUCGCCAUAUCACCUGUACUACUCCACUGCCGCCGGGUCUUACCAGUUCUCCAUGAUGGCGGGGGGAGGAGGAGGCAGUGACUCGCGCUCCCCGCCGAGGAUCCUGCCACCGUGCACCAACGCCUCCACAGGCUCAUCCCUCCUGCACCCCUCUUUGCCCAAUCAGAAUGAAGGAGUGGGUGUGGAGGUGGAGUCCAGCCACAGUAGCUCCCCGACAAACAUGGCAGCAGCUGAAGCUGUCUGGAGACCUUACUGAAGCAACCAAGGUGGUAGAGGACACUGUGGGUGCACUCAUUUAAGGUGACUGCCUGGUCAUGUAAUGGCGCACACUGAAGACAAAACCCACCAAUCCAAAAUAAGAUAAGUGAACUACAACCUGAAUCUCAGUGAAAGGAUGAGGAAAGUCUGGUGUUAUUCUAUAUUUUGUUCUCAAAAAAGACCCAAACCAACAAUGUGAAGAUGUAAAUCUUUAAAAAGACACAUCAUUUCCUGAAACAUCUGGUCAGUGUAGUUUUCAUCAAACGUUAAUUAAACAGGAGAAGGGCACUAUUUUCAGCGGCAUAUUAAUCCACAUUUGGUGAUCUAGUGAGUCUUUGUGACAGCAGGAUGGUGUGUGUGUGAUCGAGUCAAAAUAAACUACAUCAUUUGUGUUCACAUUAAUGAGGGAACAUGUCACAUUGUGCAACAUCGAUGUGUUUUUAAUACUUUUUGGACAACAAUGGAGUGCUUUGGCUUAGAGGAAUAAGAUAUAUAUACACACACACUGUACUUGUUAGUAGUUACAUUUAUUGUUGGUUUUGGUCUGCACAUGGGAUUUGCUGACAAUAAAAUGACUUAUUCUUCAACAUUAUUAUUAUUAUUACAUAUUGCCCCUAAAUUUCCUUCUUGGACAUGUUGGGUCAAAGGGUUCCAUCCAACUAUGGAUGCAGUUUCUACUAAUGUUCCUUUGAAUUGUUCAGUCAUAAUAGGUUUUCUAAUUUUUGGAUAAACACCACCCAGUAACGUUCGUCAUUACUUGACCAGGAACCUGAUAAGUGCGCCCAGAUUAAAACUGUCUACUGACAAACAAUGUUGGCCAAUGAAAAACAAGUUGAAUGACUGACAGGUGCAUUAGUCAACAGGCAGCAGUGAGUGGACGUCCCUGUCUCACUCUCAGGACACAGAAAAGGACUUCAGAGAAAAGCUUCUAUUAAAUGAAGGACAAACAGAGAGAAGCAGGAGAGUAUUUUGGUUUUACACUGACAAAGUGCAUGCAACAGCACUGGACUGAUCUCAAUCCACCUUCCUUUGUAAAAUAACUGCUUCCUCAUAAAUGUUGUUGGUGUUGUGAAUAGAUGAUUUACUCAUGCCAAAAAUUGUGAUGGCCUGUUUGUGUUUACCUUCAUCUACCAUUGUUUCACUCCCCCGUGAUUUUACCACUCCUCGCUCAUUCUUGGGUGCCAUUUUUAAAAAAACUAAUCCCUAAAAUAAAAAAACUAAUGUUUUUAUGGCCCCUGAGGAAUAUUUCGCCAAAAAGUCACCUCUAACGUUGACUUCACUGCAGACUGCAUUCUUUAUGCUCAUCUUUUAAAAUGAUUAAACAUCUUCAUUUUACACUAGUUGAGCCGGUCAAUUGAUUAUAGACUGGAUUCUAAUGAGACAUCUUGCUCAGAUUUCUACAUUAACACAGAAGAAAAUGUCUAUAGUGAGGUCUAAAUUACACAGAAUAUUGGUUUUGAGAUGAAAAUGCUAAAAUCUAAAGAUUGUCUACCAUCAGCAGCUUUACUAUGAUGAUUUAUUCCCCUUUCUUUUAAAUUUUGACUUAUUUUCUCACCCCACUGAGACAAAUUAGAGCAUGGAGUUUUGUUAAAUACUUUAAUUUAUUCCUACAAUACCAUUUUUGGUAGCAUUUCACUUGUAUGUGUGUGUAUGUGUGUAUGUGUGUGAGUGUGUGUCACAUUUACCCGUGAUCCACUGUCGAUUUGUACUGUAUAUAUCCGUGGCUGUAAAUGACACCUGCAUUUGAUCAUGUUUUCAUCACCCCUCUCUCUCUCUCUCUCUCUCACACACACACA